GAACUCUGUUGGCCGUUGGACUAGCCGCGGUUGAGGCGCGAAAGGUUUUCUUUCCUCAAGCCGGACGUGUUGUGAGGGGGACUCGAUUGGGCGUUACUCUCCUCCCGGGUCUGUACCGGAAGCGUGCAAGGGAAAAAAGUAAAGAUGGCCGCCGCGGUAAGAUUGGUUUCUUCUCCCAAGAUUUCGGGGAGAAUUUAUUAUCUCUUCGCCGCUGUAAGAAACGGAAUCGGUGCGCCUGGCCCGGGUAGAUCAGGGAAACGGGAGAGUAGUUCAUAUAAUGAACAGGAAUCCAAUCAAGCAGAUAUGCCUGUUGCAAUGGAAAACCCCUAUAAGGAGCCUCUUAAAAAGUGUGUCUUAUGUGGUGUAACCGUUGACUACAAGAAUAUACAGCUUUUAUCACAGUUUAUUUCUCCAUACACUGGUCACAUAUUUGGUCAUCAUAUAACAGGCUUAUGUGCAAAGAAACAAAAUGAAAUGUCAAAAGCUAUUAAAAGAGCCCAAUGUGUGGGAUUUAUGUCGAUUAUGCAUAAGGACCCAAAGUUUCGCAAUGACCCCAAAAUAUGUAAUAUUAAAUAUCCAGAAUAAAUUGUAUCAAUUAUGCUUAGCCCAUUUUUUUAAUUAGAAUGUUAAUAAAUGAGCUUAUCAAUAUGUCCAUGAUGAGAGUAUUAUUUCAUUCAUUCUGAUAACAAAUUGCUCAUCAGUUGUAGCAUUGUCAGGAAUGUGUCUCUUUGUAGUGAAUAUCUGAUUGUUUCAACCUGUACACAGUCCUUUGAACUUCUCAGAAAGCAGUUACUUAAGAUG